GAAAGUAUGUUCAAGGUCUUCGCGGUGCUGACAAAAAAAUCGACGCAUUUCCCUGUCCUACAUGUCGCUCAGAGUUCACGCUCAAAUCGAACCAAGAUGUUGCUGAACUGCCAAGUAGUUAUUUCAUCAAGAAUAUGCUGGAAAUUAUGGCGAUUCAACAAAAAGCAAAAACAUCUACUGCAUGUUCACGUUGCCAAAAUCCUGCCAUUAAUCACUGCCCAUCAUGCGAAAUAUUUAUGUGCAAUAAAUGUUCUGGGUCUCACGAUGGUUGGUUCAAAAACCAUAAUAGUUUAUCGCUACAAGAACUAGGCAAUCUUGAAAAUCAAGUGAAAAUGAGAAGAAAGCUUUAUUGCUCAAAACACGAAGACAAAAUACUUGAAUAUUAUUGUGAAACAUGCAAAGAACUUUGCUGUAUAGAUUGUGUAGUGUUAAGUCACCAGAAACCAAACCAUUCUUGUGUGGCAAUGCGCGAGAUCACACAGAAGCAAAGAGAAACAUUGCAAUCAAGCUGCACAACACUUGAUGAGAAAUUAGCUGAAGGAAAGGAAACGUUAAACAACAUUUGUGAGGUGAUGAAGUCUCUUGAAAAGAAUGCUAAAACUGCUAAAGAUCAAAUUAAAGAACAAAAUGAAAAUAUCUUAAAGAUUGUUGCAGAAAAACUUGAUGAGAGAGCGGAAAGAAUGAAUGAGGAAGUGGACAAAGUUUGUAGUUCAUUACACAGUGAAUUGAGCAAACAACAUGAUGAAAUGAAGGAUUAUCUUGAUAAAAUCCAAGCUUCAAUGUCCUUGCCAAGAAAUCUCCUGAAGAGAGGAAGUAUCGAAGAAAUUAUCACAUCACAAAAAUUGAUUGAAGAGAAAAUUGAGAAAUUGGGAAAUGAACGGCCCGGGAAUAUGGCCGCAGUGAAUGAUGGUGGUAUUCAGUAUGUACCUGAUGACAUUGGGAAUAUCAAUGUUGAUGAAAUUGUUGAUAAAUUGGGAUAUGUACAGGUAGCAG